AAACCUCCUUUUCACUAGGAUUUGAUCUCGUUUUCAAGAACAUCCAUAAAUUUAUCGAAUCUUUGCUUCUUCUUAUUCUACUCCAUUGUCCUCUUGUCUUCCCUUUCACAAAACCCUCAACAAACACACACACACCCCCUUCUUUCUCCACCCAAAUCAGAUGGCGUCGCAGGCGGCGAGUCCUGCUGCUGUUCUUCCGAGUGCUCAAGUUGUCGGCAACGCAUUUGUGGAUCAGUACUACCAUAUUCUUCAUCAGUCUCCUGAAUUAGUGCAUAAGUUUUAUCAGGAUUCGAGUAUCUUAAGCAGGCCGGAUACAAACGGCUUAAUGAGUUCUGUAACAACCAUGCAAGCAAUUGAUGAGAAGAUUCAAUCCCUUGAUUACAAAAACGUCAAGGCAGAGAUUAAAACUGCAGACGCACAAGAUUCACACCAGGCAGGAGUUAUUGUUCUAGUGACCGGAUGCUUAACUGGAAAAGACAACGUGAAAAGGAAAUUCGCUCAAACGUUCUUUCUUGCUCCACAAGAAAAAGGAUAUUUUGUUCAAAACGACGUCUUUAGGUUUGUUGAGGAAACUGCACCAUUGGAAACACCUUCUACGUCUCUCGAGAAUAUCGUAGACAGCGUUCCAGCUGAUCUGGCGGUACCAAAUUCAGAGGCGACUCAUGUUUCCGACAAUAAUCCCACAUAUGAUUCUCCAACAACCUUGGCAGCCGAGGAUCUCAAUAACGGGCCAGAAGUUUGUGACCCGGAGGAUAACGAAGGGUCCGGGUCAGGUCUUGAGGAAGAAGUUGUGGAUGUACCCGAACCUGCUCCGGUUCAGACAAGCCCGAACGAAACAGGUUCCGUUCAGAAACCAGAUUCUUCUGCAAGCCAAGAAGAGAAGAAAUCAUAUGCUUCGAUUGUAAGGGUAACUAAGAUUACCGGAUCAUCUGGCUCGGGUCAUGUUCAGACCAGCAGUUUAAAAUGGGCCCCUGCUAACACUGAUCAACUAAAAUCUAGGACCGCAAAGCCUUCUCCGGAACCAGAAGCAUCGGCCCCUGUGGUCGUUAAUGGUCCUGAAAACAGCAAAGUUAGUGACGAUGGCCACUCUAUAUAUAUACGGAAUUUACCGAUGAAUGCAACUGUCGCACAACUUGAGGAAGAAUUUAAAAAGUUUGGGCCCAUAAAAAGCGACGGAGUCCAAGUCAGAAGUAAUAAGCAACAGGGAUUUUGUUUUGGUUUUGUGGAAUUCGUGUCAUUGGAUUCCAUGCAUAGUGCUAUAAAGGAACCUUCUAUCACAAUUGGCAACCGUCAGGUGGUGGUUGAAGAAAAGAGAACAACUACCCGAGUUGGUGGUGGCGGUGGAGGAAGAGGACGGUACCCUUCUGGAAGAGGUGGUGGUUUCAGGGGUCGUGGUGGUUAUUUCGGGGGGCGAAGCUUUGGCAGAAAUGAGUUUAGGUACCAGGGCGAGUUUCCCAACCGUUCAAAGGGACCCACAGGGCGAACCUCAGAGGUAUAUCAACGAGUCGAUCAGAAUGGCGGUGGCAGAUCAACUCAUCAACCAAGUAAAGACGUUGAACCCGGGCAGUAAUCACACCUCCGAUCACAAUUUUGACCAUGAUUUUCGACUUAUCGUUUUGUUUAUUUUUUUGUGACUUGAUUAUGUAUGUAUAUUCAAGCGUCACAAAAGUUUGAUCUUUCUUGGACCAUUGAUGUUUGAUUUGGAUAUUUGUAGCCCUCUUUUGCAAAAGGUAUUGAUUGGAAUUAGUUA